AUGUCUACUCAUGAUGAUGAGAGAAACCACAAGCUCCAUCCAUUCACGACACCACAAUUGCAAUUACAAACACCGGUCACUGAUACCACCACAGAAAACCAACAUCACAUACAAUCCUCCACCAUUGCUCGUCGUCCCCGCGGGCGUCCUCUUGGCUCCAAAAAUAAGCCUAAGAUUCCUGCCAUAGUCGCACAUGGCAAUUAUGAUGCACUAACUUCUCAUGUUCUUGAGAUCACAACCGGUGCUGAUGUUUUAAAGAGUCUCUUUGAUUACACUCAUCGUAAAGGGAGGAGCAUCUGCAUCCUCGGGGGAAAUGGAGUGGUGGCGUAUAUCAGGCUUCGUCAACCAACGGGGAAAGUUUUAACUGUUAAGGGAAGGUUGCAAAUUCAUUCAAUAUCUGGUACAAUUUUCCCACCCCCAACAUCAGGAGCUGUUGGAGGACUGACAGUUUACUUAUCAGGACCAAAGGGACGUACGUUUGGGGGGAGCGUGAUGUCCCCCAUGGUGGCGUCAGACUCAAUAACUUUGAUGGUUGUUUCUUUUGCAAACAUUGCAUAUGAAAAACUUUCUUCGAUGGUAUAA